AACCGUAUUAAUGAACAUCUAAAACGUGAAAGAGCGAAGUCGAAUCAAUGAAAUCUUGAUUCCCCGUAUCGAAUAUCGACUUGUGUUGACGAUUUUCUGAUCAAAGUUAGGUUAAAAAUAAGUGACAAUCGGAGGUGAAGUUUUUCGCCCUGUAACGAUGAUCUAGAAUGAGAAAUCAGGCUAAAGAAUCAUCCACAGAGAGCAACAAGACGUCGAAUCAUUGAAAUCCUGAUUCCCCGUAUCGAAAUAUCGAAUUACGGAGCUGUUGGUUCGUUUCUGUUGACGAUUCUCUAAUCGCGCUGCGACGUGUCUUUUGGCCUUUGCAGUUGCAGAGCAGAAACAAGUGACAGUCGGAGGCGAAGUUUUGACCCUGAGAUAGAAAAAAUAGAUUAAGCAAAUCGUCAGAAUGACGGAAGAAACAGAGCUGCGGGAAUACCUGGAGGACGACGGAGUGACGAUGACCUCCGAAAGCUUCACCUUCGCCACACCAAGUUUCGUAUCGAGUCCCGAGAAGGUAAUAAACUUCGGGGUGAAUUCUGAGCAUGUCUUUUCCGCCCGCCAGAACCAAGAGAACGCGUUCAUUUUCGCACCUCCGGCGAGUGCUUCGCAGUUCAGCGGGCAAAUCGAAGAUUAUGACGAGGAAAGGGUGCAGAAACCAAAGGCGACCAGGAAGCUUUACAACGCACCUACGGGCCUCUUUGCUUCAGCGCUGCGAGCCUCCAAGGGCAUGGAUAAACUCAUCGAGGAUUGCCAUCAGCUGAAAAAACAGGCCAAGUCGCGUUCCGCGGUUAAAGAGGACACGAGAAAAUCGAUCACCUGCAACAACGUCCCCGAGCAACUGUUGACCAGAACGGCAGCGAGGGAAUACUUCACCCAGUUUGGUCAGACGGUGAAGAUUACAUUGAAACCUCGCAAGACCACCAUCACCGUCCACUACGCUAACAGAGCGGCGGCAAACGCCGCGUUUUACAAAGCUGGUCAAUUUGCAGGAAAGAAGUUUGACGUGUCUUGGACGAGUUCCGAAGCUGUGCCUAAAUCUCCAACAAAGAGGACAGUCGAAUCCGGUAAAGAGGCCGUGAGGAAUUUCAUCACCGCCGACGAGGACGAGGUAAACGCUGAACUCGAGGCUAUGAUAGGGCUGGAGUAUAACAUGCACGGUGUGAAAACGCCCCAAGCCUUACUAAUCGCUAAACCUAAAUUGAAGAAGACUAAAGAGGUCACAAAGCACGAGAAGCUGCCGUCCAAGGUUGCCCUGAAGUCUGAUAAACCGGAAGCUGAGGCUCAGGCGAUCGUGCCUAAAGCAAGCGCCGAAGAGCUGCAGAGCAUAAUUCGUCAAUCGGCUCACACUGCAGAGGAGAAGUACAAGGUGCUAGAAGCGAGGGAUAGAUUCAUAAGACUGAAACAAAUAAAGCCGAACAGUUUGGCGUCGGCUAAAAUAACUAUAGGGACUUGUCCCGAUAUGUGCCCCGAGAAAGAGCGACUGAUGCGCGAAUCUCAGAGGCAAGUAGCGCUCUACGAGCAGCUCGAGGGCAGAGAGUACAGGAUAAAUCACGCCAAGGCUGUAAAGCAGUAUUCCAGGUCAUCCGCUGAUCAAGAGGAACCGCUCGCCCAUGAGCUCAGGCCUGUCGCGUCGUUAAAAAUGACGAUGAGCUACCUGCUGCAUGAGAUUAUGGACAUGUGCAUGGCGGAGAACACAAACCUCGCAGAGUGGUUUCACUUUCUGUGGGAUAGGACGAGGGGCAUUCGCAAAGAUAUAACUCAGCAGGAGCUGUGUUGUGUAGAAAGCGUUGAGCUGGUUGAACAAUGCGCAAGGUUUCACAUAUUCUGUUCUGAACGGCUCUGCGCUGAGGGGCCGUCCGUCUUUGACAAGAAGAUAAAUACCGAGAACUUGACCAAGUGCUUGCAAACGUUGAAGUAUAUGUACCACGACCUGAGGGUAAAGGGUGUCACGUGCAAAAACGAAGCGGAAUUCAGGGGGUACAUUGUGCUGCUCAAUUUAAAUGACGGCAACUUCAUGUGGGACCUUCAAAAGCUACCGCCCGAUAUACAGAAGUCACCCGAAGUCAGAUUCGCCAUUGAAGUUUACUCGUCCAUUGAGUCGCACAACUUUUCCAAGUUCUUUAAGCUUGUCAAAAAAACGACUUACCUUAACGCCUGCAUUCUGCUGCGGUACUUCAACCAGGUCAGGGUCAAGGCCCUGUCCGUAAUGGUCAAGGCUUACCACAGAGUGACAUCCAACCCGUUUCCACUUUACGAACUAAUUGACAUCCUUGGAUUUGAAGAUGAAAACGAGGCUGUUAACUUCUGUGAACAAGUCGGACUGAACAUUUCCAAGAACGAAAUGGACAUCGUUUUGAACAGGAAAAACUUCAGCCAGCCUGAAUCGUCCAUUAAACAAGGCAGAGCCAUUCUCACCGUCGAAUCUAAACGAACCCAGCAGGGCCUUAGCGUCGGGCAAUGUAUCGCGGGUGGCAGACUGCCUGAGAAAAUUUACAAAAAUCAUAUUCCCCACGACAGUUUUGAUUCAAACGGAUACCUGAAACCCGGCGCCAUUAACGUUGAGGAUCAAAGUAAACAGUACAAAAGUAAAACAGGUCCGGUUCAAACUGAUCCCUACGAAUUUAUGGAGGAAGACACGUUUAAGUCUUCGCAGAAAUUAAGACCACAGCUGAAAUCAGAGGAUCGAACUGAUACUGGGACCAGAAAAACUAGCCAAGAUAUUCUUAAUAAAAGUGCUAAAAUUCCACCAUUGUUUCCCACUAAUUUUGGCCAAGCUUCCGCACAAAGGGAACAAUUUUCGUUUAUAAAACCAGCCACUGUUUUCCAGAAGUCCGAAACUAACACAUCGUUUGUGUUCAGAGCAGAUGCCAAUUUACCACUUGAAAGCAAGGCUUUAAUUUCUGAUGCGAAGCUUUCUCAAAAUUUGGGGGAUGGAGAUAAAUUUAAGGGUCAAAAUUUUGGGGCAUUUUCAAAGCUGAGUCAAGGCACAGCUCAGAUUGAGAACCAGAAACCAAUUAGCGGGAAUAAUACAGGUUUACAACAUGGGCUGGAAACGUCGAAAAGCAAAGAUAUUUCCCCGUUUUGUAUAGCUCAGAAGAAAAGUGUGUUUCCGGAGAUUACGCCAAAGAAUAUUUUCGGAAGACCUGAUAGCGGAGUGCCAAUUGUGGGUAACAAAACAGUAAAGACAGAUGCAAAGAGCGAAUUUGAGAAAAAAGAAAGGGAAAGAAUCGACGUAGAGUUGAACAAAAAAAAAUUAGAAGAAGUGCAGAGACAGCUUGAGGCUGAGAAAAAGAAACUAAAGGAAUUGGAACAAGCGAAGAGGCUGAAGGUGGUAGAGAAAGAAGCCAAACAAAUCAUGAAUGAGGUGGAAGAUGAGAUAAUAAAGGAAGUAUGCGCAUUUGUGCUAAAGGAAGAGAUCGAUCGACUAAAAAUGUAUGACGUGCUAAGCAAAAAUGAAACCGAAUCUUUAGUAGACCAAAUUGUGUUGCAAAUCUGUGAGAAACUGUUAAAGGAAGAAAUCCGUAUCCAAGAUGGAUUGAACAGGAUAUCGAAACGAAUCGAACAUCGAGUAUUAAAAAAGUACUACAAGACUUGGAGGCAGAAUGUUACUAAAAAGAGACGUCAAAGAGAAGCUCUCGACGACACACCGGUAUGGCUACAAAAUCGUUCGGUCAGCGAGUGCGCCAGACUGUUAUAUUACCCUGAGCAAGAUAUGGUGCUCGACAACAUGAGAAGAAAAAGAUUAAGAACCCAUUCACCACCACCGGAAGACAAUCUUGCACCAGUUGAAGUAAUAAUAUAUGCCGGGAUAAAAGAAAAUUUAAAAUCAUCGGACAACGAACUGAUCCCCAAUAUAUUUUGGAAGCUUGUUAUAUCGUGGCCUGACAUUGAUCAGCAAGUUCAGUUGUGGCAGUAUAAAAAAAUAAUGAACACUUACCUAAAUCCUGAAAACUACACACAAGAGCCGAUAAUGAAGACCUACAGGCCAAACGAGUACGAAACUUUGAACAUAUGCAUAAGACACUUUGAGGGUAUAAUCAACGAUCAUAAUUUGGUUGGAACUGAUGGUCUGUUAUUUUUGGCAGCCUCUUCAGAGAACUUGAAUACAGUCAAGCGACGAUUGUCAAAAACCAUUUUGUCCAGAUCGAAGCUCAUGCCUAUACCAAUAGUGAUCGUAUUCUUGGGAGCUGAUGACCUGGUGCCAGAGGAUGUAGAGUUGGAGCUUGAUUUAGAAAUUUUAUUGGAAUCUGGCUAUGUAUCUGAGUACACUGUUGUAUUUGAAAAAGAAAUGAACAAAAGUCAAAUCCUCAGAUUAAUCCAAAGUGCUGCGCUCUGGCUAACAACAAAUAAAUCACCUAUUGUACCUUUGGAAAUGGAUUAUCUCAACCAGGUCUUGAGCGCUUGUUUAACUCAAGAAUUAUGGCUAAGAAUACAAGGACACUCCAACUUCAACAAACAUCUAGCCUCCGCAUUAGACGAUCCUGCUUUGAUCGUUAACUUGCAUAAUGAAGCUGUUACGCAUCUUACCGAUAUCUUUCUGGACCCCGAGUCUUUACAAUAUACCGAGUUUCCAAAAGAAUUUAAAUCGCUGCUGAGCAACCGGGUGGACAUGCCAUACAGCUAUGAGUAUUUUGAUACCGCAUGGAAGAACGAGGAAAACAGAUCCGAGCUCGAGCAAAUUAUGAACAGUUUUCUACUGCCUGAUUGGAAAUAUCAGUGGCCAAUAGCGAACAUCUCGGAACUUCACAACGCGAUAAGAAGCUACUGUACGGAAGCAUUACCUGACUCGAAUUGCGAUGACUUGGCUAGCCAAGUUAUGAAUGCUCUCUUUUUUAUGACCGACGACUCGCAAGGCCUUAGUUUUAUAGAGGUGAUUCUAGAGAUCGCGAGGAGAAAGAUUUUAUUACUCGAAACGGAUUUAAAAGUAGUCUACAACAAAAAUCACGUCAAGCAUUUCCGUACGUUACCGUGGUGGUUCAAAUCGAGUAUAUUGUUGGAAUACAUUUCACAAAAGGAACUUGAGAUCCAAAACCAAGUGACUGAAAAAACUUUUAUCAAUGAACCGUUCGAAAAGCGGCAGCGAUUGCAAGUCGAGUUUAACGAUGAUUUAAAUGUAAAUAGUUUUUAUGAUCGUAAUGACAGCCUAGCUGAAUAUUGUAAAGAAACUCAAGACCGAGUUAUGACUGUACGCAGUAUGUGUAAACAGCUUGAUCUGGAUAUGGAAAAACAAAAAAUGAAAAAUAAAGCGCUGAACGAGCUCUUGGAACAAGCUUUGCUAGACGAAGAUCUAAAUAUUUUAAAUUAACGCCAGGUGUAGGAUAGAAUAGAUUUAGCAACUGACACUAACAAAGUGUGAAAUAUUUAUUUACAAUAAUGCAGU